GGGCCGGGGCGGGGCCAGGCUGGCUAGAGGGGCGGGUCUAGCGGCGGCCCCCGGCGAGGUUCACUGCGCUUGCGCUGACAGACGCAAGAUGGCGGACAGUGCGGAACUAAAGCAAAUGGUUAUGAGCCUUAGAGUUUCUGAACUCCAAGUACUGUUGGGCUACGCUGGGAGAAACAAGCACGGACGCAAACACGAACUUCUCACAAAAGCCCUUCAUUUGCUAAAGGCUGGCUGCAGUCCUGCUGUACAAAUGAAAAUUAAAGAACUCUAUAGGCGGAGGUUCCCCCAGAAAAUCAUGACGCCCGCGGACUUGUCCAUCCCCAACGUACAUUCAAGUCCUAUGCCAGCAACUUUGUCUCCAUCUACCAUUCCACAACUCACUUAUGAUGGUCACCCUGCAUCAUCACCGUUACUCCCUGUUUCUCUUCUGGGACCUAAACAUGAACUGGAACUCCCGCAUCUUACGUCAGCUCUUCACCCAGUCCAUCCGGAUAUAAAACUUCAAAAAUUACCAUUUUAUGAUUUAUUGGAUGAACUGAUAAAACCCACCAGUCUAGCAUCAGACAACAGUCAGCGCUUUCGAGAAACCUGUUUUGCAUUUGCAUUGACCCCACAACAAGUGCAGCAAAUCAGUAGUUCCAUGGAUAUUUCUGGGACCAAAUGUGACUUCACAGUACAGGUCCAGUUAAGGUUUUGUUUAUCAGAAACCAGUUGUCCACAAGAAGAUCACUUCCCACCCAAUCUUUGUGUGAAAGUGAAUACAAAACCUUGCAGCCUUCCAGGUUAUCUUCCACCUACUAAAAAUGGUGUGGAACCAAAGCGACCCAGCCGACCAAUUAAUAUCACCUCACUUGUUCGAUUGUCCACAACAGUACCAAACACCAUUGUUGUUUCUUGGACUGCAGAAAUUGGAAGAAACUAUUCCAUGGCAGUAUAUCUUGUAAAACAGUUGUCCUCAACAGUUCUUCUUCAGAGGUUACGAGCAAAGGGAAUAAGGAAUCCGGAUCAUUCUAGAGCUUUAAUUAAAGAAAAAUUGACUGCGGAUCCAGACAGUGAAAUAGCUACAACCAGCCUAAGGGUUUCUCUACUAUGUCCACUUGGUAAAAUGCGGCUGACAAUUCCAUGUCGGGCCCUUACAUGUUCUCAUCUGCAAUGUUUUGAUGCAACUCUGUAUAUUCAAAUGAAUGAGAAAAAACCAACCUGGGUUUGUCCUGUCUGUGAUAAGAAGGCUCCAUAUGAACACCUUAUUAUUGAUGGCUUGUUUAUGGAAAUCCUAAAGUACUGUACAGAUUGUGAUGAAAUACAGUUUAAGGAGGAUGGCUCUUGGGCACCUAUGAGAUCAAAAAAGGAGGUGCAGGAAGUUUCUGCCUCUUACAAUGGAGUUGAUGGAUGCUUGAGCUCCACAUUGGAGCAUCAGGUGGCUUCUCACCACCAGUCCUCAAAUAAAAAUAAGAAAGUAGAGGUGAUAGACCUAACCAUAGACAGUUCAUCUGAUGAAGAGGAGGAAGAGCCAUCUGCCAAGAGGACCUGUCCUUCUCUAUCUCCCACAUCACCACUAAAUAAUAAAGGCAUAUUAAGUCUUCCACAUCAAGCAUCACCAGUGUCCCGCACCCCAAGCCUCCCUGCUGUGGACACAAGCUACAUUAACACAUCCCUCAUCCAAGACUACAGGCAUCCUUUCCACAUGACACCCAUGCCUUAUGACUUACAAGGAUUAGACUUCUUUCCUUUCUUAUCAGGAGACAAUCAGCAUUAUAACACCUCCCUUCUUGCCGCGGCUGCAGCAGCAGUUUCAGAUGAUCAAGACCUCUUACACUCGUCUCGGUUUUUUCCGUAUACCUCCUCACAGAUGUUUCUUGAUCAGUUAAGUGCAGGAGGCAGUACUUCUCUGCCAACCACCAAUGGAAGCAGUAGUGGCAGUAAUAGCAGCCUCGUAUCCUCCAACAGCCUAAGGGAGAGCCACAGCCACCCUGUCGCAAAUAGGAGCAGCACAGACACGGCCUCCAUCUUUGGCAUCAUACCAGACAUUAUCUCGUUGGACUGAUUCCUUUGCCCCUGCUGCUCCCAUCCCCACUCUAGAUUAAAUGAACUUGGCAGAAAGAAGAGAACUUUGUGCUAUGUUUUACCUUAUUCUGUUUAGAAAAGUACACAAGUGUGUUUUUUUCCUUUUUUUAGGGAAAAAAUUAAAAGAAAUGUACAGAGAACAAAACUAUAUUUUCAGUUUUACUUUUGUAUAUAAAUUUAAGACUGCCUGUCUGAUAAAACACUUGUAAAAAACAAAAAAAAGGAAAGAAAAGAAAAAAGAAAAAAAACAAGUACCCACAAACCACCUUCAGUUCAUUUUUUCUAGAUUCUGAAGAUUUUUUUCAUCAUUUGUCUCUGGUUUUGGUUUUAUUUUACUUCAAUGGCAUUAUUUUAUUUGCAAUAGCAGAAAAGGAAUUGCAUGUAUGAAGUUUUAAAUUGUGGGCUUUUCUUUGUUGUGGGAGGGGGUUGGGGGAGAUAGUUUUAAUUUCUAUUUUCUAAAAAUGGCAGACUUGGAUUCUGUUUGUGUGUGUGCAUAUUUUAUCCAUCCUUAAGUUAUAAAUCUCAUCUGCCCCACUGCAUUCCCUCUGUAUUUUCAGGACAUAAUUCGUGGGGGUGUGUGUUCAGUGUGUGUAUCUGUGUGUCUUUUUCUGUCGUUACUGUUUCUUCUCCUCCCGAGUUUGCAUUCAGUUCAUAAAUCAGUUGCCUGCUUCUUUCAAAGUGCUUUGAAGGUCUUGAACUCACAUAUGAGCAUCUUUAUUGACUAUCCCAACUGCAUGUUCUCCAUCACAUAUUCUCUCCUUUUUGCUAGAUAUCCCCUGAGAAUAUGUUCUAGAGAUUGGAGUAAAGCUGUCUGGGUAAUGAGUAGACUUAGCAGACCUGUGAAUAAUACACUUUAGUCUAGUUCUUUCUUCUAAAUUUGGAUUGCCAGUAUUAUGUAUUAAAACCAAGUCUGUGAAACCUGCUUUUUUGGCCACAGGGUAACAAGUUUUCAUGUAAGAUCUUCAUACCAAAGUAGGAAGUAAAAAUAGCUUAGAAAGCCCUGUUGCAUGUCUUGUGCAGCUGACAGAGGUAAGGUUACAUAACCUCAAAAAAGAAAGAAAGUCAAUUAUUCUAAAAGUAAAUUCUUUUCAGAAAAUACAUUGCACCACACAUGUCAAUCCAUAGAAAUCCACUAUCUGAUAAACGGUUGAAAUUCAAAAUGGGCUUGAUCCUUAGUCAUUUUUACUCUCUGGUUCUGAGUGUACUUAUUUUCAUAGCCUGGCUAUCUUGUUUAUUUUAUUUUUCUCUUCACCUUUUAAAGACAAGCAUGACAUAGGAAAAUCAAUGUUUUUUUAGACUUCAUGGAUCAGUCUGAUCUAUUCUUGUUAAUAAUGGAACAUGUAAAUAUAUUGAAAACUGUUUUUCAGGAGAUGAGUGAGGGUUGGAGGGAAGGAAAAGUGACUCUACUUGUGUUCCAAAAUCCUCAUCAGAGAAGGUAUUACAUUCUUCAGGUAAUAACUGAAGGUGCGGAAAAUAUUUUUUAGCUGAUUGAGAGGUUUAGCAGGUUUAACAGAAAAGAUAAAGAAGGGGCAUAAUGAUUACCAGUUUUCCAGACUGGAUUUUUAUAUCACAACUUAUUGUUCUCAGAGUUGAUGAAGGACCACCUUUGUGUAUAAAAUUGUCGUUUUAAACCUUGCAGUGGUAACAAAAUGACCUACUUUAAUCCAGGUAGAAUUCAAGAUGGCUGUAUCUUCAGUUGUAUGAUAAAAUUAAUGGUUCACAUGACUGUGUGGCAUCUAAAAAUAAUAUCUAUUUUUACAGCAUCUCUCUGCCACUAAAUUGUUGACUUGAAUUUUGAAAAACAAGUUGGUGUUGAUAUGUAUAUGUGUGUGUGUAUAUAUGUAUUUAUAGACAAGUGUGUGUGAGUGACAAGUGAGUUACAUAGUCUUCCCCUACGCAUGUGUAUUCCACACAUCCAUGGCUGAGUUAUAGUCACUAAACAAUUUGCAAUAAAAAAAAAAAAGAUUCAUUGUCGGUUAAAACAGGAAAUAGUUGAGUUUUUAAAUGAAUCUGGUAUUAUGCUGAGUAAACACCUUAAGAACUCUCAUUGCCAUAUUAACUUAGGCUAAUAUUUAAUAGUAUCAUAAUUUGUGCCUAAAUUCAGAUUGGGAUAGAAAUUACUUAAAUUGUG